GUCAGCUGUUUUAAAACGAACUGGCAACACUCUGAAUAGAAGAAUAUUUUUGCCAAAAAGUUAUCUUAGUUUUUUUCGUUCAUUUUGUUUAUUUGCACGCGACAAAGAAUAACUGCAACAAUUCUGCGCAAAAUCAAAGCGACGCUGCAACGCAAGAAGCCCCGAUACAAGCGAAAGCAAGACCAGCAACAAGCACAAACGGCUCCCCGCCUACAAGAGACAACACAGCACCAAAUCGCAGAAGAUAUGGAAAGCAAUCUGAAUCGAAUGAUUAAUCAAACGCUGCGCCACCCACUCAGCGGGCAGCUCAGCAAAUACACAAAUGUGAUGAAGGGCUGGCAGUAUCGUUGGUUUACAGUGGAUGCCAAGACGGGAUUCCUCAGUUAUUAUCUCUGCGAUUCGUCGGCAGUGGGCGAUGAUAUUGCUCCCUCACCUCAUGUGCUCGCCAAUACGCCGCGUGGUCAGGUGCAAUUGGCUGGUGCCGUUGUCUAUCCCAGCGACGAGGAUUCGCGCACAUUUUCCAUUGCCUGUGCCUCCGGAGACACCGUGAAAUUGCGUGCCAACGACGCCCGUGCUCGCCAGGAAUGGGUGGAUGGACUGCGUGCCGUGGUCGAGAGUCACACAAAGGCCAUGGACAUUAGCAACUCGUCACCGCUGCCAGCGCGUGAACUGCUUGCCGCCUCCGAUGCCAUGGUCUCUGCUCGCCAAGCUCUGUUUCUCACCGAGCAAUGUAACGCUUCGCUGGCGCGCGCCAUUGAAAACAUUGACUGUGCUUCCUUCUUGCCCACGGAUCCCGAUCUCUUGCUGCUCAAAGCCAUCUCCACGGCCAGCACACAGUGUCUGCAUCAAUGCCUUGGCCUGCUGCAACGCCAUCAGGAGAUCAAUCAGCCCAGUGCCGAGAUAACGCCCACCAGCAUCAUUCCCGUGACCUACCAAUAGCGAUUGCAAAUGAUAUGCGAUAGCUAAGCUAAUCUGUAUUACAUUUUAAAAGCAAUAAAGCAGCCUUGUUGUGUGAAUAUUCCAAAGAGUCAGAGAAGUUGCCACAAUUUGAGGAGGGAGGCAUGCGGUGGAAUAACCAAUAAGUAUAUCUGUAAUGAGGAUUGUUAUUCACUGGAAAUUAAAGUAAGUUAAAUUAGGAAUUUAGUUCUGAAAGAUGCGAUUACUUUGGAGUUACUUAAAUUAAUUGAAGCGAAAGGUUCUUUCACAUUAAAAAA